UGACGUAAACAUGUAGCGCCAGCUCCAUAGUAGUUGUUGACAUAUAUAGCAAAAGUGUAGGAUAGUGGAGGGGAGCGACUGUGGAUAUCUUCGAAUGUUUUUGACAGCGACUGGCGGCGUGAUUGGGACAACAAUAUCGUCGUCAGAUCCGUCUCCAUUCGCCCCGACUGGCUUAUUUAGCCACACAGAAGGACUACAAUGCUGUGUUGGGGCAAUGCUUCCUAUGGACAGCUGGGUUUGGGUGGCAUUGAUGAAGAGAUAGUGGUUGAACCAAGGAAAUGUGAGUUUUUCCAUGGGAAGCAAGUGCGUGAUGUGGGCUGUGGACGCAAGCACACUGUUUUCCUGGUGGAUGAUGGCACUGUCUACACUUGUGGCUGCAAUGAUCUGGGUCAGCUGGGUCAUGAGAAGUCCAGGAAGAAACCAGAACAGGUUGUGGCUCUUGAUGCUCAGAUCAUAACAGCGGUGUCUUGUGGCGAAUCGCAUACACUUGCCUUGAAUGACAGCGGGCAGGUUUUCUCAUGGGGCCUGGGCUCAGAUGGGCAGCUGGGCUUAAAUAACUUUGAGGAAUGUGUUCGUGUGCCUAGAAACAUCAAGACUUUGAGUGAUGUUCAAAUCGCUCAGGUAGCCUGUGGUUACUGGCACUCCAUUGCACUUUCAAAAGCGGGACAGGUUUUCUCCUGGGGUCAAAAUCGAUACGGACAACUUGGACUUGGAGCCAAUGGACAAAGCGUUUCCACUCCCCAAAUCAUUCAUUCUCUGCAGGGUGUUCCUUUUGUUCAACUAUCAGCAGGUGGCGCUCACAGCUUCGCCCUUACUCUCUCAGGAGCAGUGUUUGGUUGGGGCCGGAACAAGUUUGGUCAGCUGGGCCUCAAUGACAGCAAUGACCGAUGUUUUCCAACCCUACUCAAGUCACUUAGAUCGCAGAGAGUAAUUUUCAUCUCCUGUGGAGAAGAUCACACAGCAGCUCUGACCAAGGAGGGAGGUGUCUUUACAUUUGGAGCAGGAGGAUAUGGCCAACUGGGACAUAACUCUACAAACCAUGAAAUCAAUCCAAGGAAAGUGUUUGAGCUUAUGGGAAAUGUAGUCACACAGAUUGCAUGUGGAAGACAGCACACGUUGGCUUUCACACCCUCGUGCGAAAAGAUGGACUCAUUUGGACUUGGCGGUAAUGGACAACUUGGAACCCGGUCUACCUGCAACAGAAAAAGCCCAGGCCCCGUCAAGGGCCCCUGGAUACCCUCCAGUGGUCCUGAUGAUACAUGUAUGCAUCAGAGUGUUUGUGUGAAGAGGAUUUAUGCUGGAGGAGACCAAAGCUUUGCUCAUUACUGUGCUACCAAUAACCUGCAAAACAUUGACAAUGUGUCGAUACCAGACCCCCAGCCAAGAGUUUGCACCUUGAAUGAGGAAACAAUACGAAAAUGGCUGGACCACUCACCAGGAAGACUCCCACAAGAAAUCACCAAUGAGAUUGACCUGGUAUUUUCAUCAGCAAGCUGCCUCAAUGGAUCCUUCUUAUAUACAAGUCAUCCCGAUCACUACUGUACCAGCAGUAAAUGGUCAGGGACCGAUAUGAACAUGGCCCGUCUCCUGUUCCACAGACUGAUUACACAAGAUCACCCUGAGAUCUCCCAACAGAUUGCUGCUAGUAUGGAGAAGAACCUUAUCCCAAGACUGAGCAACUCCCCUCCAGACAUAGAAGCACUGAGACUCUACCUCACUCUUCCAGAAUGCCCUCUCUUCAGUGAUCCAAACAAUUAUGUGACAAUCUCUAUCCCGUUUGCAAAAUCACUCCUCAGCCUGAAAGAAGCUCCUCUGAAGGUACUAGGAAAGUGGUGGUCUACAUUCGAACCCCCAGUCUUCCAGCGGCUGGUAGAGCUGUACAAAGGGGUGGUGGUGUAUCUGCUUCAGAUGCACAAGGUGGGCAUCCCAUCGACAGAGCAGAGAAUUUUCACCUGUUUCCUGGACACAUCCCUCCGAUUGAUGGAAAUCCUGCACUUGGUGAAUGAGAGAGCUGGACACAUUAUACAGUAUGAUAAAUUCUACAUUCAUGAAUUGGAUGACUUGAUAGACAUCAGAAAUGACUAUAUCACUUGGAUUCAGGGACAAAUGUAUCCAGGGGGUCACGACGGUGUAGUAACUUUGUGCAGGUACCCUUUUGUAUUUGAUGCACCAGCAAAGACAACUCUGCUCCAGACUGAUGCUGUCUUACAAAUGCAGAUGGCAGUGGAUCAGGCUCAAAUGCAAAACUUGAGUUCCAUGUUUUUACCUGCCGUGGAAUCUGUAAACCCCUGCCUCAUCCUCAUUGUCCGGAGGGAAAAUAUAGUAGGAGACACGAUGGAAGUGCUCAGGAAAUCCAAGAACGUUGACUACAAGAAGCCACUAAAGGUUAUCUUUGUUGGAGAAGAGGCGGUUGAUGCUGGAGGUGUGAGAAAAGAAUUCUUUCUCCUGAUCAUGAAAGAGCUGUUGGACCCAAAGUACGGCAUGUUCCGUUACCACGAAGAGUCCAGGCUCAUCUGGUUCUCACGCAAGACCUUUGAGGACACUGACUUGUUCAACCUGAUCGGAGUUAUCUGUGGUCUCGCCAUCUACAACCUCACCAUUGUGGAGCUCAACUUUCCUGUGGCGCUUUACAAGAAACUUCUGAAGAGGAAACCCACGUUAGAUGACCUGAAGGAGCUCAUGCCAGAUGUAGGGAGGAGUCUCCAACUGUUACUGGACUACCCAGAGGAUGACCUCGAGGAAACCUUCUGCUUGAACUUCACAAUCACUGAGGAAAACUAUGGUGCCACGGAGGUCUUGGAACUUAUACCUAAUGGUGAAAACAUCAAUGUUAAUAAAUCAAACAGGCAAGACUUUGUCAGUGCGUACGUAGAGUACAUAUUCAACAUCUCGGUGGCGCCGCUCUUUGAGUGCUUCUAUGCAGGCUUCCACAAGGUGUGUGGAGGCAAAGUUCUAGAGCUGUUCCAGCCCAACGAACUACAGGGCAUGGUGAUUGGCAACACCAACUAUGACUGGACUGAGCUUGAAAAGAGCACUGAAUACAAGGGAGAGUACUGGGCAGACCAUCCCACCAUUAGGAUAUUCUGGGACGUGUUCCACAACCUUCCUUUAGAAAAGAAGAAACAGUUCCUGUUGUUCCUGACAGGCAGCGAUCGUAUUCCCAUUUUGGGUAUGAAAAGCCUGAAACUGGUAAUUCAGCCAACCGGUGGGGGAGAACAUUACUUGCCCGUUGCCCACACCUGUUUCAACCUUCUGGACCUGCCCAAAUACACCAGUGCCGAGUCACUCCGGGAGAAGCUUCUUCAAGCAAUAGACCACUAUCAAGGCUUCAAUCUGGCGUGAGAUCACUGGGAAAGGUCUGGACGUCCAUGUCCAGACUGUCCACAGGCCUCCACAUUCCCAAAUGUAUUGCUUUGCAGACUGAAGUGAGCCUGGUUGUAAGGAGUUCACAAGACACUAGAUGUCAUUAAGACUUAGCAACAGAAACACUUUUGUGUUACUUUGGGAUUAUUUUUAAGCGUUUUAUUAAGCUCCCAUAGCAUUUGAUGCCUUAUUACAAGGGGGACUUACAUUUGAUAUUUCAACAAUGUACUUUGUCAUGUUUGGAUAUGGCAACUACAAGGAAGCAACCUGCUGGUACAUAUAAGACUUCAACACACUAAUGUCAAUGAUUAUCUUGAGCAAAAAAAAAAAAAAAAAAAGCAUCAGUGUUGCAGAGUGACUUUCACUCCAAAAUGCAGGAGCUAACAGCGUGCAUGAUGUGUGAUAGAGACAGUAUUAACCUUUUUACUUCACGUAUGUUUGAUAGUUGCGCUUUGGAGUGCAUUAUCUUGGCUGUGAAUCUUAAAGUGGUCAAAUAAAAGUUCUAGCCACUGACAUGUCAGGAGACAGUAACUGCAGUAUUUGAGUUACUUGGUGAUCAUUUAUUUGUGGUCUUCAGAGACAUGAAAGUGAUCAUUUUAAUGGGGUAACUCAUGAUGGACCAGCUUGUAAUGGGACCCACAAGAGGGACAGCGCUGGGCAUCUCCCUCAUGGAGCCAGAACCACACAAUGGCAGUGUUGUCUUCCUCACCUGCAGAUAAUUUUAUUAAUCUGAAAACAGUCAUUCAAUAUACAUAUUUGUUUUUAAAUGUGAAAUAUCACUUACAAAGACAGCCCACCAGCCUCUUAUUUCCAAUACAAGGCACAAUGUGAGGGUCGUCUUUGGUUCCAGCGUACUCUUUAGGCUUCAAUAUACUGUAGGGAUCCUUUUAAUGUAUUUUCAACCAGAUAUGAGUACGAAAGAGGGCAGCUUAUAACACUUUUCAAAUGAAUAGCAUACUUUCCCCAGUUUGAGGGCUUGUAGGGCACGGCGUUCCAGUCCAGUCGCUUGUUCCUCAUCGGUUGGUAUUCCUGGGAAUUAGAUAAGAAUGCAUUUCAAGCAGAUUUAUUGUGCAAUAGACAACACUUCUGUGUCAAAUGCAGUGUGACUUUGUUGUUGAAUGCCACCUCUGCCAGGACACUGGCACCCAACCAAAGCACGCCUGCCCGAAGGAGGCCUACCCCAAGUUCAAAUGACCUUCAUGAGGGCACUAUAGUUAGCAAAAUUGAAACGUUGAGGGAAGUUGGUGGCAGACAUUACAUCCAGGAUUGUAUGCAGUUGGCUUUAUCAGAACACAGCAUUUAAGGCAGCAAUCACUUGAAACCGCCCCGUCUUAAAUGUUAUGCUAGGUCUGUGUUCCUCGACUUUUACCUUUCACGGUGGUCAUGGAACGCUGUAACAACACUCGACUCCUUAACUGCAACGUCGUUGAACAAACUCGGUAGAGAAGUCUGCUCGCCAUGCCUGUCUACGUUCAGGUACCGAGAAUUAAGUGACAAACGCGACAGCUGAACUUUAGGGGACAGAGAUGUGCGAGUAAUGAACGAGUCGUUCAAAACUCAUGAUCGUGUAACGGAAUCGGGACUCACGGGAACUCGUCUCUUAGCUUGUUAACCCUGAUACAGCUAGCUAAAUUAAAAAAAGGAAAUUAUGUGAAUUGUGAAUCACCUACCGGAUGUACCCGAUUCACAAUUUGUUCCACAUGGAUGAGUUUGUGCACAUGCGCACUGUGACGGAAAACUGGAGUGAAUUAAGUACCCAAUUCACUUCAUUGAGUGACUCAUUACAAUUCGAGUCAAUAAAAGGAAUUGAGUUUCUCAUCACUAUAGGGUGCCUCAACAAGAAGUGCGGUCGGGCCAAUGGGAGCAGAGCGACACAACUUGAUUGACAUUCAUUUCAGCCAAUGAAAGCAACGCUUCAAGGUGCGCACACGGAGCAAUUACAAUGUUAGAUUUUUGAAGUUGCUACUCUGCUCCAAGACAAAGUAAAGGUUAAUAAAAGGGAAGUAAAUGUAAAGAAAGAUAUUACAGAGAACAGGUGUCAUGGAGCCAGAUGCGGCCAGGGCUAUAAUUUUAUAUGGCCUGCGAAAGGUAGGUGUAUGUGGUAUGUGUAUGCAGUCUAGGUAUGUGUAAAAAAUACACUUCACAUUUUUACUUGUAAAUGAAUUUAUUCUUUAAAUUGGACAGAAACGUUGUACUGUGUGCAACAACGUUGUGAUCACGAAACAAGAUCGUCCAAGCAUUUUUAGUUAUCAAAAAUAAAUACUUGAACGUCUGCCUGUCACCUUCACAUUCUCACUUCUCAUUUCAAAGCAUGUUAUCCAUGGUUCGUUUAACUUGUACCAUAGU